AAACGGGGAGAGUCUUGAGCAAAAGAAAGCUGUGAUGUUUUUUUUGUUUUGUUUUGUUUUGUUUUGUUUUGUUUUGUUUUGUUUUGUUGCAUUGUUGAGCAAAACGAACUGCUACAAUCAAGUUGCUGCUUUAUCCGUUCCUUCCGUUACAGUUUAAAUUCUGAGAUGUUUGCGAGAACUUACCUAAUUGAACUCACUUGCUGGGAUUUUUUUGCUUAAAAUAACCUAAUAAUGAUUUAAAAAAAUUGAUAAUAGCUUAUAGAGGUUCGUCUCAUUCAACAGAAACUGUCAUUUGGUGCCACCACAAGCACAGUAAGCCUUAAAAAUAUAGUGUUUUAUUGAGGCGUUUAACACUUUGCGGUAAGUAACGACGGUUAUUUGGAGCAGCUUAUUGUUGCUAUGGUUACCUCCUAGCCGAAAUCUAUUCGCUGGCGUCUAUUUGAUUUUAGCGACAUGUAUAAUAUUCGCUGUGAUGAAGUAUUUUAUCGUUAGCGACACGUUGCUGAAACAUAUAUUCGCUUGUAUGCUAAAAGAAUAUUUACUUUAAGACCCCUGAACCUUUUGUUUUCACUUUCGUAGCCUAUAAUUUGCACUUUUUUACGAUGCAAGAUAGUAGGCUAUUAGUUUGGUUUUGUAUUCUAAGUGUGGAAAACUAAAGAUGUGAGACACGGUUCUCUUAUUAGAAUAAGUGUUUUGGACAGAAGGACGUUGUUCUUUAGUCUCUCAAAAGUGGACAGCGAAACGAAAUCUGCUUCCAGUCUGGAAAGAUUUGAACACUGAUAGUGAUUAUUUCUGACAGCGCAAUAAUUACAGCAGAUUUCACAAACAGGUCGAGUAAGAGGACGUGUCAAGGAUCUGAAUACAUGAAAUGCUGUAGGAUACUGCUGCACUGCCUCUGAAACAAAACCCGCAGAUCAAGAGUCACAACAUUUGCUUUCUGAUUGGAAAUUAAGCUGCUGAGCUCUGCGUGUAUGAGCUUUAUCGUCCCCAGAGACUGGUUUCUGAUGGCUGGUUGUAUAGCAGGAUAAUGUGUUACAUAAGAAUCUGCUUAUGGGACAAUUCCCAUUGGGGUUUUUCAUCAGAGCCAAGGGCGACCCAUUUAUUCCCAGGUCACUGAAACGGCACAAAAAGUUGUUGGGGAAGCAUCUGUGAUGAUGAUGAUGAUGAUGAUGCGGGAGGAGAUGAGAAUAAGGCCCGGGGGAACUGGUCCAACAAACUGGAUUUUAUUCUGUCCAUGGUGGGAUAUGCCGUGGGGUUGGGAAAUGUGUGGAGAUUCCCAUAUCUUGCUUUCCAGAAUGGUGGAGGUGCGUUUUUGAUACCUUACCUAAUCAUGUUAGGCCUCGCCGGUAUCCCUAUAUUUUUGAUGGAGGUGUCGUUGGGUCAGUUCGCCAGCCAAGGCCCGGUGUCAGUAUGGAAAGCGAUUCCAGCUCUACAAGGUUGCGGGAUUGCCAUGUUGAUAAUAUCUGUCUUGAUAGCCAUAUACUAUAAUAUUAUUAUGUGCUGGACAUUGUACUACCUGUUCGCUUCGUUGAAGGAGUCACUGCCAUGGGCCACCUGUAAAAAUGAAUGGAACACCAUCGAGUGCAAAGACAAAGACAUGCUGCUUUUGGACACCUGUAUACUAAGGGACAGAAACAUCACGUCAGUCAAGAACACUACAUUCUGUUUAUCUGCAAAUGCUGUCGGGAAUUUAAGUAAACUGUUAAAUGUAACAAUGGACAAUAAAACCUAUGUCAGCCCUAGUGAGGAGUAUUUCAAGUAUAAUGUGUUGCAUAUUUCCAAGGGUAUUGAAUACCCGGGUGAUAUUCGUUGGCCCUUGGCUGCUUGCCUUUUCCUGGCUUGGCUUAUUGUUUAUGCCUCUUUGGCUAAAGGGAUCAAGUCUUCAGGGAAGGUGGUGUAUUUCACUGCCACAUUCCCUUACGUGGUGUUGGUCAUCCUGCUGAUCCGAGGGGUCACUCUCCCUGGGGCCGGUUCUGGGAUCCUUUACUUCAUAACACCCAAAUGGGAAAAACUCAAUGAUUCCAAGGUGUGGAAGGAUGCUGCUACCCAGAUCUUCUUCUCUUUGUCUGCAGCAUGGGGUGGUCUUAUAACCCUGUCAUCCUACAAUAAGUUCCAUAACAACUGUUACAGGGAUACUCUCAUUGUGACGUGUACUAACAGUGCCACCAGUAUUUUUGCUGGUUUUGUCAUUUUUUCGGUUAUUGGUUUCAUGGCUCAUGAGCUCAAAGUCCCCAUCGAGAGUGUGGCAGAUGAAGGUCCAGGAAUUGCGUUUGUGGUGUAUCCAGAGGCUCUGACCAGGCUGCCCUUGUCACCUUUCUGGGCCAUCAUCUUCUUCCUCAUGCUGCUUACGCUUGGUCUGGAUACUAUGUUUGCCACCAUAGAAACUAUAGUGACGUCUGUUUCUGAUGAGUUCCCCAAGUACCUGCGCACACACAAGCCUCAGUUCACUUUGAUUUGCUGUUUGUCCUUUUUUGUGCUGGGUUUCCCCAUGAUUACUGAGAGUGGUAUGUACAUGCUUCAGCUGGUGGACACAUAUGCAGCCUCUUACUCUCUGGUCAUCAUUGCCAUAUUUGAACUGGUUGGAAUCUCAUACAUUUAUGGUCUACAACGGUUCUGUGAGGACAUCGAGAUGAUGAUUGGGUUCCAGCCAAACAGGUUUUGGAGAAUCUGCUGGGCUUUUGUCACACCAACCAUUCUCACAUUUAUUUUGGCACUUAGUCUGUACCAGUGGAAGGUGAUGACAUAUGAGGAUUACACUUAUCCGACCUGGUCAAUGGUCCUCGGCUGGCUUAUGGUCAUCUGUUCUGUUAUAUGGAUUCCCAUUAUGUUUGUUAUCAAGAUGCACCUCGCACCUGGAACCUUAAUUGAGCGGCUGAAGUUGGUUUGCUCUCCUCAGCCUGACUGGGGUCCAUUCCUGAUGAAACACCGCGGUGAACGCUACAAGAACAUGAUCGACCCACUGGGCACCAACUCCCUUGGCCUCAAACUUCCCCCUAAAGAUUUCCAGCUAUCAGCCCAAUAUCAAUAAACCUCCUCACUUCUCUGUGAGUGCAAAAUUUCCCGAGGCCUCUGAGGGUGAGACCUGCACUCACAUCAAACUCUUUGCCCAUUCAACCUCCCCUUUUGUCCUUAGCGUUCUCUUUCAGCCAUAUCCCCCCCCUCUUCUGGCACUUUUAGAGGGGUCUUUCAGGUGGAAAGCACAGACAACUCCCUAUUAUUAUUCGCAGUCAUUCUGACAUUUGGAGGUCUUUCACGCACAUUCUGAUACACCGAUCCCAGCUGAACCUUUUUCUCAGAGGCAAUAUAAUGAUGCAGUUGCAACUGUUGAGGCAAUAUUUGACUGAUUGUGCAUCAUGCAGUGAUUGUUUUUUAUUUUUCUUUAUUCUGAAGCGACUGCUGAUGUUAAAAAGAAAAAAGAAAAAAUGAGGAGAACAACAUUUAUAUUUCUUGUCUAUUUGCUUGUCAUCUCUUAAAUGUAGCAAACACAAAUGAGAUAAACUGCUGAGUAGUGCACAGAGAACUCAAAAUCUUUUCUGGCAUCGUACUAUCAUCGUACUAUUGCUCUCCACUUGUGUCCACUUAUAGCUGUACCUUGUGCCUCAGACUUCCUCUAUUUAUAAAAUACUGCAUAGUAUAGUGCGUAUUAAUACUACAUUAUGGAGGGAAGUGAGCACAUUUCAGUCUCUGUGAAUUAUAAGCUAUCCUACUCUUUCUAACAAUUUACUGACCUGUCGGAAAUAUCUCUACAGUGUUAUAGAAGCCAAACUCAUAGUGUAGGUUCCAGUAGUAUAGAUCCAUUCCUUUAUUCAAAGAAAAUUUAGCCAUGCAAAACUGUAAUAGUACCUUUCAAUGUUGUUUAGAGUAGUACUCAACGGCCAACUAGCAGUUAUGUAUGUAUACUAAUAUUUAGAGUAUGCUUUCAAGUAUGUGUCGUGAUCUGUUCAUAGACUUUGUGAAUCCUCCUAUUCUUAUGCAGUACACAGUUAUAGUGGAGUACACAAAAGAAAAGUAGAGGAAAAACUAAGGAGUGUGGUAUGUGUGGCAAGCCAAUCGUCUCAUGAAACGUGUAUAUUUUAGAAACGACAUGUUUAAACACUGACAUAGCUGACACGCUAUUUUUAACAAUUGCUCGCAGAGGAUAUAUACAUUAGAAAAAAAAGGAAACUUCUGUGAUAGAUGCUUGGGGACCACACUCCUUUUUUUAAACAUUUUUCAUCUCUGUCUGUCUGUUCGUCUUCAUGAAACAGGGUCUCAGGUAUUACUCCGUUCCAUCAACCUUUUUAGAUGUUGGAUUAGCAUUGAACACAUUUGUGGAAGCUUUAUACACUGCCCGGCCAAAAAAAAAGUCGCUGUUUGGAUUUUAAUAAGCAAAUACAUAAGAGCCUCUGACUGGAUCAUUAUUGCUGUGAUUAUUAUGUUUCAUGUUAUAUGUUUGGGAACAAUUCUUCUAAUCCUAAUUGAUGGAAAAAAAUUAAUUGUUGGAUUUACUUAAAAAAAGCAGCAUCAAGUGGUUCCACACAACUAUAUUGAGUAAUUUGUACAAAUAACAGUAAACACAAAUCAUUUGAAUUUGUUACUGUUACAUAAUAUUCAUAUGUGCAGUUUACUUAAUAAUGUUAUGUUACAUUUAUAAAAGUUUAUUAUGUGAGGUGAAUACAUUUAUUGACUUAAUGUACCUUAUUAAAUUAACAAUUUGCUCUACAAAAUGCACUAAAAAAAUAACUCGCUGACAAACUCAAUUUAAUUGAGUGCAGGAAUUCCAUCCUAUAAACAUGCGUUUAUGAGUGCACUCUUCUGCAUAAUGGUAACCACAAAAUUCAAAAACAUUACAGAAACUCCUCUAAAUGUCCAACAUAACUGAACAUUAAACACUAACAACUAAACUAACAACAUCUUUCCCUUUACUGAAAAACGCAUAAAAUAACACUUUAAUCUCUAAGUUUACUCUGCUAAUGAAGUCCCUUGCAAAGCAUGCUGGAAACUACGGAUCAACUGCCCAGUUAGUUAUGUCAACAUUAAUUUGUGCAUUUCACUCAGCAAUGUUAAGUUGACUGAACAAACACUA